AUGUGUCUGAUGCAACUGUUCGGUCCAGCUCAAACAGCGAUAAUCCGUUACCCUGAGCAACGCAUGGUCUUCUUGAGAGAGUACACCAGCGGCAUGUAUUCAGCGAUCCCCUAUGUCAUAUCGAAGAGUAUGAUUGAACUACCGUUAGCACUCUUCGAGUGCUUUCUCCAGAUUGUAGUCUUCUACUGGAUCGUAGGUCUUCAAGGCGACUUCAUGUUCUGGUUGUUGCUCAUCUGGCUACUUCAUCUGGUAUCCUCGUCCCUUGCUCAGCUAAUGGGUGCUACAACUUCAACUGUUAACAGAGCUAUGCAGUUGAUGCCCCUCCUGUUCAUUCCCCAAAUCGCCUUCUCAGGCCUUUUCAUUAAUCUUGAGAGGAUCCCUGUAUGGCUUCGCUGGGGACAGUACGUAUCCUAUCUCAAGUACGGCGUGAACCUUGGUUACUUCAUUGAGUUUGGUUUUGAUAAGCCGACUCUUGCUGAGAUUAACUCGAUAUACGCCAAUUUGGUCGGUCUUGAUAUGGGUAUUCUCCUCGCCAUGUUGAUCAUUUUUCGCAUUUUCACAAUAGUCGUGCUCAGGCGCAAAGCUCGCUUCGUUCAUUAAUACGUUCGCCGCAGCCUUGUGCUUGGGAUUCUUAUCGUGGCAUGCUAUAGCUGCCAAUGGGAACAAUCCUCGUAACAUUCAAUGAAAUAUAUUCGAGUAACUAAUUUGUUCAUAAGUACGUCAGAACAUAGCGUCCACUCCAACCUUUAUUGCUCAUCGUUCAACACGGAGCAGCUUUUCUCUGGAUGAUCGUUCGUACAUCGUGGCACAGAAGUAUCAUUUCAUACUCCAGUUUUGGAGGAGACUCAGACGUUGUACUGGGGAGGAGUCAAAUAUCAGAGCCCAUCACCGGUGAUAAUAUAUCGUGAGAAGUCAUCCUAGAUAGUCUGUCGCCGUCGGGGUCAAUCUCUUUUUUACGAAGC